UAUGAAAGCAUGUAGAUCAACUGAAAAUCAAAAUAGCAUCAGAAACAAAAUUUCCCCAGCAGCAAGCAAACGUGAUCUUUCAGCAAACUGUGCUUGGCUGACGAUCACGCAUCCGCAGACACAACAAACCAACUCGCUCGUGUUGGAAAACAGACGAAGCCAACACUAUACCAUCGUUUGUUUUUUUUUCUGUGAAACUAAUUCUCUGCAGUAAUUCCCAAGCAUCGGAUCAAUUAAACGGCCAUACGGUUAUUUAUGAGUUUCCUCCAUCCACUCACUAAUAUUUGAGCAAUUUUCAAUAUUUCAUGACUACUGCAGACCUGUUGCUUUCCGUACCCGAACUGCGUCGGGGUUUUUUGAGGGGGGUACGCUUCGCCCUAUGCUUACUAUUUUUAGCUGUCGCGUACCACCAAACAGCACCCUGUCCGUCUGGGACGACGAUCGGUCUAAAGUUAAUUUCCGUACACUUGCACGGACACGUUCGCCGGCCAAGCUGUUGUAUAUUUGUGUACGCGAAGCAGUUGGCAAAACGCGUACGUCAACUGGCGGCUUGAUGAAAAUGCUGUUAAAAAUUGACCGACAGAAGAGCAGACAGCAUUUUCACCCCGAUCGCAGGAACGCGCGCGUGUGUGUGUGGCUACUAUUUUGCUUUCUAUUUAAUGCACGCUAGAGCACCGCCACACUUUUCACACCAAACGUUGGCGUUUCUGCACAACAACAAACACAAACCAUAAUCCGUGGCAGGGUCACGUCUCGAAAAGGCGUGGGGAAGUUCUGGCGGGUGGCAGAAUUUUCCAUCCGAUCGUACCCGGUCGUACGAGGACUCGAUCACGAUCGCUCUUCAGUUGGGUUGCGUUUCGUUCGCGGGUCGACAGCCUGUAAGUGGAAGUUGUUUGAAUACUUGUGUCAGAAGCAGGCCGAAGCACAUCGUCCCCACCGGUGCGUACAGUAAUGCCGAUGCGUUCUUUGGAGUGAAAAUAUUUUAUUAAAGUGUCAUUGUCGUCUGAAGAGUGCUUUACAUGAUAACCUACCGUAACGUGAGCAAUUAAUUAAGAGCCAUUUCACAGUGAAGUGUGAUUCCUUCCGAACGGCAAGUGGGCCAGUGCGAGCAAGUGUAGCGUGAAGUGGUGGUCGAAAGCAAAAAGCGAGUGUGAUAUAACUGUGUAAAUAAAACUGCGCUUUUUGGAAUAGCAAGGGAUCGACCGACAAAAGGAAGGCAGACCAACGGGCCGACAUAAACCAUGCUGACACUAAAGAAGCGUUUUCCAUCACUACAAAGCCUUGGCUCUGAUGGAAACACAUCGUUCUUGCGUGCCGCAAGAGCAGGCAACCUGGAGAAAGUGUUGGAACACUUGAAAAAUAAUAUUGACAUCAAUACUUGCAAUGCGAAUGGCUUAAACGCACUGCAUCUCGCGUCGAAGGAUGGGCAUGUUGCGGUGGUGACGGAACUGUUGGCCCGCGGUGCCACAGUCGAUGCGGCCACCAAGAAGGGCAACACUGCGCUGCACAUCGCUUCGCUGGCUGGGCAGGAGGAUGUGGUGAAGCUGCUGAUCAAGCACAAUGCUUCCGUUAACGUGCAGUCGCAGAAUGGCUUCACGCCGCUGUACAUGGCAGCGCAGGAGAACCACGAUUCGGUCGUGCGGCUGCUGCUGUCGAACGGUGCGAACCAGAGCCUCGCCACCGAGGACGGAUUUACGCCGCUGGCAGUCGCCAUGCAGCAGGGCCACGAUAAGGUGGUGGCUGUGUUGCUGGAAAGCGACACUAGAGGCAAGGUGCGUCUGCCCGCGCUGCACAUCGCCGCUAAAAAGGACGACGUGAAGGCUGCAACAUUGCUACUAGAGAAUGAUCAUAACCCGGACGUAACGUCCAAAUCGGGAUUCACCCCACUGCACAUUGCGUCGCAUUACGGAAACGAGGCCAUGGCCAAUCUGCUCAUCCAGAAGGGAGCGGACGUGAACUACGCGGCAAAGCAUAACAUCAGCCCACUGCACGUCGCCGCUAAGUGGGGCAAAACCAACAUGGUCGCGCUGCUGCUCGAGAAAGGCGCCAACAUCGAAAGCAAGACACGGGAUGGCCUAACGCCGCUGCACUGUGCCGCCCGCUCCGGACACGAACAGGUAGUGGACAUGCUGCUCGAACGUGGUGCCCCCAUCAGCUCGAAGACGAAGAAUGGACUGGCCCCACUGCACAUGGCCGCUCAGGGCGAGCACGUGGACGCGGCCCGCAUUUUGCUUUACCACCGUGCUCCGGUGGAUGAAGUUACCGUGGACUAUCUGACGGCACUGCACGUAGCAGCACACUGUGGUCAUGUGCGUGUGGCGAAGCUGUUGCUCGAUCGCAAUGCAGAUGCGAAUGCACGUGCGCUGAACGGGUUCACACCGCUACACAUUGCCUGCAAGAAAAAUCGUAUCAAGGUGGUGGAACUGUUGCUGAAGCACGGCGCCAGCAUUAGUGCCACGACCGAGAGUGGGCUGACGCCGCUGCAUGUCGCUUCGUUCAUGGGAUGCAUGAACAUUGUCAUCUAUCUGCUGCAGCACGAUGCCAGCCCCGAUGUGCCGACGGUGCGCGGCGAAACGCCAUUGCAUCUUGCGGCCAGAGCCAAUCAGACCGAUAUUAUUCGCAUUUUGCUGCGCAACGGGGCCCAAGUGGAUGCACGCGCCAGAGAACAACAAACACCGCUGCACAUUGCCUCGCGCCUGGGUAACGUCGAUAUCGUGAUGCUGCUACUUCAGCACGGUGCUCAGGUCGAUGCCGUCACCAAGGAUAUGUACACCGCACUGCAUAUUGCCGCCAAAGAGGGCCAGGAUGAGGUUGCGGGCGUUCUGUUGAACAACGGGGCCCAGAUCGAUGCGACCACCAAGAAGGGCUUCACACCGUUGCACCUGACAGCCAAGUACGGUCACAUGAAGGUUGCGGAGCUGCUGCUGGAGAAGAACGCUCCGGUGGAUGCGCAGGGCAAGAAUGGCGUUACUCCACUGCACGUCGCCAGCCACUAUGACCAUCAGAACGUGGCUAUGCUUUUGCUGGAGAAGGGUGCCAGUCCGCAUGCUACCGCCAAGAAUGGUCACACACCGUUACACAUUGCAGCGCGCAAGAAUCAGAUAGACAUUGCCAAUACGCUGCUGAAGUACGAGGCACAGGCCAAUGCGGAGAGUAAGGCCGGGUUCACGCCGCUGCAUCUGAGCGCUCAGGAAGGACACACCGAGAUGUCCGGACUGUUGCUGGAGCAUAAGGCCAAUCCGGACCAUCAGGCUAGGAACGGAUUGACGCCGAUGCAUCUCUGCGCUCAGGAGGAUCGGGUCAGUGUGGCGCAGGUGUUGGUAAAGCAUGGUGCCAACAUGCAGGCCGCUACCAAGGCAGGCUACACGCCGCUACACGUCGCUUCCCACUUUGGUCAGGCUAACAUGGUACGCUAUCUGAUUGAGCAGAACGUGGAUGUGAACACGUCCACCGGCAUCGGUUAUACGCCAUUGCAUCAAGCUUCGCAGCAAGGACACUGCCACAUUGUUAACAUUUUGCUGGAAAAUAAUGCUGAUCCUAACGCUAUUACAAAUAAUGGACAAACUUCGCUGAAGAUUGCACAAAAGUUGGGCUACAUCAGUGUGCUCGACUCGCUGAAAUCGGUGACGGAUUCGAAGGCCACACCGGAUCAGCCACCAUCCGAGGAGAAGUAUCGUGUUGUAGCGCCGGAAGCGAUGCACGAAACCUUUAUGUCCGAUUCAGAAGAGGAAGGAGGUGAAGAUACUGUACUGUCUGAUCAACCGUACCGCUACUUGACGGUCGAUGAGAUGAAGUCUCUGGGCGAUGAUUCGCUGCCGAUCGAUGUGACUCGCGACGAGCGAAUGGACUCUAACAAGAUGGUUCAGAGUACCGAUUCGCAUCAGUUCCCGCCAACGGCGCUGGAAGACUCGAUUAGCCCGCAGCAUGCAUCCAUGGUACAGUCCGGUAUCUCGGCGACCGACUUUACCGACAACAUCAAUAUCGAGCGUCACUCGCACGUAGGAAAACUUCACUGGAAGAAUUUCCUGGUCUCCUUCCUCGUCGAUGCACGCGGUGGAGCCAUGCGAGGCUGUCGCCACAGUGGUGUGCGCAUCAUCGUACCGGCACGCUCGGCGGCCCAACCAACUCGCAUCACGUGCCGCUAUGUGAAGCCCCAGCGUACCAUGCAUCCGCCACCACUGAUGGAAGGCGAGGCGCUAGCUAGCCGCGUCCUAGAGCUUGGCCCGGUCGGUGCCAAGUUCCUGGGUCCCGUCAUCAUGGAGGUGCCGCACUUUGCAUCACUGCGCGGCAAGGAGCGCGAAAUCGUGAUCCUACGCUCGGACAAUGGAGAAACUUGGCGCGAGCAUAACAUCGACAUGUCGGACGAAAUCAUUCACGAUGUGCUGAACGAAUGUUUCGAACCGGAAGAGCUCGCACAGCUGGACGAGCUGGGCGGUGGACGUAUCUGUCGCUUUGUGACGUACGACUUCCCACAGUACUUUGCGGUGAUUUCGCGCAUCCGCCAGGAGGUGCACGCCAUCGGACCGGAGGGUGGCAUGGUGUCGAGCACGGUCGUGCCGCAGGUGCAGGCCGUCUUCCCGCAGGGCGCGCUGACGAAGAAGAUCAAAGUGGGGCUUCAGGCUCAACCGAUCGAUCCAGACUUGACGGCGAAGCUGCUGGGCCGUGGAGUGGCCGUCUCGCCCGUGGUGACAGUGGAACCGAGGCGUCGCAAAUUCCACAAAGCGAUCACGCUCAGCAUGCCAGCGCCGAGAGCCCACAGCCAGGGGAUGAUCAAUCAGUACUCGGGCAGUGCCCCAACGUUGCGGUUGCUAUGCUCCAUCACCGGUGUGUUUCGGAAAAGAUCUCUGAAAGGUGGUACGACACGGGCCCAAUGGGAGGAUGUCACUGGAUCGACGCCGCUCACGUUCGUGAACGAUUGCGUAUCGUUCACGACCACCGUAUCGGCACGGUUCUGGCUGAUGGACUGCCGCAACAUUGCCGAUGCAACCAAGAUGGCAACCGAGCUGUACAAAGAAGCCAUACACGUGCCGUUUAUGGCUAAGUUUGUCGUGUUCGCCAAGCGUACCGAUCCGCUAGAGGCGCGUCUCCGUGUCUUCUGCAUGACAGAUGAUCGUGAGGACAAAACGCUCGAGCAUCAGGAACAUUUUACGGAGGUCGCCAAGAGCAGGGACGUGGAGGUGCUGGAGGAUAAACCGCAGUACAUUGAGCUGGCCGGCAACCUGGUGCCGGUAACGAAAUCGGGCGAACAGCUGGCCCUUCCGUUCAAGGCGUUCCGCGAGAAUCGACUGCCGUUCGCGGUGCGCGUCAAGGACCAGCACGCGGACAUCGUGGGCCGAACGCUGUUUAUGCGCGAGCCGAAGAUAGCGAAGGGUGAACCGCCGCAGCAACCGAUCUGCAUACUGAACAUCGUCCUGCCGGAAACGAUCAUACCGGAACAGACGACCACGAUUAGCGAUUCGCACGAAAUUAUGCUACGCGUGGGACGCUCCCGGGCCGUUGUUCCACCGCGCCAGCUCGUCGACGAUCAGAACUAUCUGGGCGAGUUGCGCAUCGUGGACAUCUCGAACCUGCUCGGUGAGGAUUGGAUUAAGCUAGCGCCGGAAAUUGGUGUCAGCGAGACGGAUGUGGAAAAUAUUGUCGCUCAAAUACCGACCAGCACGGCACAGCAGGCGCAGGCCAUGUUGAAGCAAUUCCAGUCGAAACCGAACAAUGACUUUAACAUCCUCGAAAAUGGGUUGCGUACGAUCCAUCGGGACGAUAUCGUGGAGCGGUGUAUACGUAGUGCGACGACCACCGGGACCACGACCACCGUGACCAUGCGCAACAAAACUUCCUUCUCGAUCGGCAAACGUAGCGUCGAUGCGGUGGAAAUGUUCUCCGAAACGGAUUCCAUUGUAAAGAUGGCACAAAAAGAAGAUCGCCUCUCCAAAACGGAAUCCACCAAAUAUUCGGGCGAAGAAAAAACCGUCGAAGAGUCGGAAGAAUCGGAAGAGGAAAUGGUGAAGAAAACGGUGGCCGAGCGAAGGAAACAGAUCGAGAAACGGCUUUCGGCGGAUCGAUCGAUACCGGCCUCGACGCAGAAAAGGGAGCUGGUGGAGGAAAUUAUUACCAUCAAGCGGCAAAGUGUUAUUGAUGAUACGCGCGCGAAGCACGAGGAAGAAAUAUUGCUCCAAAAACCGAUCGACAACACCUACAAAUCGUCUACCAUGCCCGAACCGGUGGUGAAGCUAAAAACGACCGUCGUCAAGGAUGGACCGGGUGUGCGGAAGGAUGAGUUCGAACAGGAACUGCAGGACAAGUUUAAGGCAACGCUGAAGAACGUGGAAGAGUUUGAGCACAAGUCGGAGGUGUUGGAGCACAUGGCCACGGAAGUGACGGUUGUGCCUUCGCCCCGAGUCGUGGAAGAGAUUAAGAAGAAGGUCGAGGAACGUGUGCCGCAAGACUCUGCGUCUGUGGAGCAGAUGGUCGAAAGUGUGACUCCGGUGCCGAAGGAGCGUGUACCGGUACCGGCCAAGCGUACCAGUCUCACCAAGGAACCGGAAGAAUUCCAGGGCGUUGUGGAGGAAUCGAUCAAAGAUGUUAAGCAACGCAUUAGCUCGUUCGAGACCAAGUCCAAGAGUGAGUCGCUCGUGGACAGCAAGCAGUCCUCGGUCGAUACUACCAGCGGACGUGACUCGUGGAGUGAAGAGUAUCGUGCAGAACAGCGACACUCCAGCGAUACGAAGCGUACCGAAUCGGAACAGAUUUCCGAAGAUUCGGAACAGGAACUGUUGCUGCUUCAGAAGGAUGAUACCACGUGCCAAUCGCGCACGGUUGAUGAACUGUCAAGCGUGCAGACAACACACCAGGCAAGCACCACCGUGGAACAGGUGAAAGUGCACGGUGUUUCACGCACAGUGGAGAAGGAAGCUCACUUCGAAGAGUUCGCUGCGACCGACAUCAGCACUGUGCCCCAAUCGAAGGAAUACGAUUCCGAACCAUCAUCACUGUCGGAAACUACCAGCACUUCCAAGCGUGAGGAAAGCAUUUCGCAGCACUUCAAGUCCGAAACUGUCAGCAAGGUAGAGGAAACGGUUACCAAGAUGUCAACAACGGUGGCGUCUAAAAUGAUGCAGGAUAAGCUGCAGGAACCGUUCUCCUUUGCCGUGGACGAUGAAACGAUUGUGCGGGAAGAGUUUGUAGCGCGCAGUGCCGAGAGCAGUAGCUUCACCGAUCGGAAGGUAGAAUCGGUUGUGCGCGAAAUUCGUGACCAGGAACCGGUCGUUGAGAAGCACGACAUGCAUCGCGAGGUGAAGGAAACGUCCGACAAAAUGGCUGCCCUGAUGACGAAGGAAACGGUACAGUCGGCGGACGGUACCGUGCCCCAGGUGUCCUCGACCGAGGCGUACACCGUCGAGAGUUUCGAUGGGCUGCAGUCGGAGACGGUCAGCAAGGAUGCGAUGGGUAUGGUGGCGGAACGUACCGAUAAAACCAUUUCCAGCAUUGAAACGGGCGUUCGGCAGGGUGAGGAUACGGUCAGCGAGAAAAUUGUCGAACGCGAGGAAGAGGUACGCCGGGUGGAGGAGAAAACGGCUGACAAGUCGGUGGACAGGCCGUCGGUGAUGGAAACGGUUUCGCGUACAGUUUCGCAAGAAAUUACCUCCAAAAUACCGGUACCGUCGAAGAAAAGCUCACCGGAUGCAAAGGAGCAGUCGCCAACAUCGGUCCCAAAGCCCGAUGAGCCACCAACCAAAGUGGACGAGUCCCCAAAGCUGUCUGAAGUAACAUCGCUUGCCGAAGAAGUGGUAGAAUCGGUCACGGAACAGGUUGAGUCGGUAGUUUCGAAAAUUCCACGCUUCGGAACUGCUAAGCCACAGCAACCAUCCAAACCGGAACCGGUUGUGACGGCCAAGUCACCUGAACCGGAUAGUGCCAGCCUGUCUAAAAUACCGGUCCUGAAGGACCGUAAAGUGUCGGAACAGUUUUCAAGCGAUUCUUGCGAUACGGUAAUCGUACAAAAAUCGAUCGAAGAACAGGAGCGCUCCUUGGUCGAAGAAUCCACGAUGGAGCAAAUGCAUCGCGAAGAGGACGAGGAGAUUAUGUCCGCAACUGCGUACGGUAAUGAACGGGCAGUGACCGAGAUCAUCACCGAGGAUCAUCGUGCCGUAACACCGGACGACUUUAUCGACGAGAUCAUCGAUGAAGCGCAGGGCAAGGUGCAGCAACUUCAAUCGGCCGAAGUGACGGUCGGUACACUGGAUCUAAGCCACUCGGAAGAAGAAUCGUUCGACAAGUCUGCCUACCCGAUGCAGGAAUACAUCUCCGAAACGGGACGCGUUGCCUACGACGCAAAUGCGACCAUCGACGAGGACGAACCGGAACACGACAAGUGGAAAGAUACGUACACCGAACACGACGAUGCAUUACAGACGUCGACCAGGCUCGAAGGCGAUGAAGAGUAUCUAGAGGUGGUCCGGUCGGAGGCAGGCCGGCUGGUCGACGACGUGCUGGAGCAGAGUGUAUCGAUCGUCAGCAGCUCACAGCCGGGCCCGUUGACGAUCGAUCGUGAUCUGCAGCCACCGUCCGAAAGCGAACAGUACGCGAUCCGUAGCGACAUCCUGUCGUCUACCGAUGGGGACGCUGUGGUGAAGUCGCCCACCAUCGAAUCCAUGUCCGGCAAAUCGUUCGAUGACAAUAUGAGCAAUCCCGAGUAUGACCCAUUGCUGCUUGGUUCCGCCUUCGGAGCGACGGCGGUCGGUGCCGAUGGGCAACCGUUUGCGCUUCCUACCAUGCAGCAAGACAUACACGAAGAAGCCGAUCACGAAGCGCGUGAAGAUGUCGGGAGGAUGUCGGUUGAGGAUGGUGAUGUUAAGCUUGAAGCUGGCAAAGCAAUUGUCGGUGAUGUUUGCUUACCAACCGCUGAUCGUGCAGUAGAUGAGAGCACGAAACCAGUGCCGGACGACAGUGAGCUUGUCGAUCCGGAACGAGCCACUGCCGAUCGAAGAGCGAAAAAGAUCGAUCGCAAGUAUGCGCGCCUUUCGUCGGACCUUGGGCCGGAGGUGCUGCUCGAUAAGAACCCCGAGUACGAUGAUGCGAUCUCCCAGAUUAAAGACGAAGUGUCGAUGCUGCAGAGCGAAUACUCCAAACUGAGCUGGGACGAGAGCGUAUCCAUGACGACUGGAGAUUUCGGUUCCAGCACGCCCGACAAUGAUCUGCAAGAAACAGAUUUGCAACUACAAACAGAAAAUAACAUACCCCAGACAACGUCUCGCAUUGACUCUCAAACCAUAGCAGCCGCCUCUGCUGGCGAAGCUGUAUCUGAAGCUUUCGCUAGCGGUCAGAACAAUGUUGCUAUCGCUGCAAGUACUACUACUACUGCUACCACUACCACUACUGCUGCAACCGCCCUGACAGCUGCUAACGCUACCGACGCUAAUGAUGCUGCUACCGCUGAUCUUCACCACGUUCUCGCUGCCGCUUCUGCUACUGGGUUCGAAAGACAGGAGCAUACCAGCUCCACGGUAGCUGGCACCUUCGCCCAGCAGGACCACUCGUCAUCCAUCGCGUCUACCGAACCGGAAAAACCAAGCCUAGAUUCGUCCAGCUACGAUGGGCAACCCGUACCGAAGCCACGUACCAGCAUUUCUUCCCGCACGGACACGGCUACUCGGUCCAGCCUGCUGGAAUCGUUCGAGCAUCAGGAUUCGAUCGAACAGUAUCCGGAACCGAUGCCAGCACACUCCAGUGCUGACGUGGACCUGAAUCUCCGCCAAGGUUCGAUCACGUCCGACGAUCUGUCGCACGUGGCCCAGAAGGAUUCAAGCGAAAUGGUUACAAGCGAGGAGGACAUAUCGACUGGUGCGAAGUUCUUCAUUGGUGAGUGUAGCAGCGACAUCAUCACACGAUCCUCGACCGAGAAGCGAUCGGACUAUGCGUUCGACAACGAAGGCUACACGUUCUCGCAAGACUCGCAAGGCACCGAUGAUGAAUCGCGUCGGGAAGCGAUGGAAGCGUACCAGCAACAGAUUAAGCUAGAAGAUGGGUUUACGCUAGACUCGCUCAAGGAGCUAGACAUGGGUUUACGCUCAUCAGGAAAGCCGCCCGUAGUACACUCCCCGGUUAGCGCAUCCGCCGUCCAACCGGUUACGAAACCAUCACAAACGGUCGAGCCGGGAGAAGCAACGAUACUCGACACGACCAACGAGCAAUACUCGCACAUGACAAUCGACGAGAUCACCAUUGCCAAAACGCUCGAAGAGGUUAAGGAAUCGCUGGACGCGGUGCAGGAAGAGCUGAUCGAAGCCGUGUCGGACGGUACCCCAAUCAAGCAAUCGCCCUCGGAGUUUGAGUUUAAGAUUCUGCCCUCGACACGCUACGUGCAGGAUCCGAUCUACGAAACGAAUCAGGAAGAAGCGGUCGCUGUUUCCACCGCUACGUCGGCAGCCAUUACCACUACCACGAUCGUAAGCGAAAGCGUUCUUUCCGAUUCUGAACCGAAGCCUUCGGUGGUCGGACCUCCGAUAACAAUCGACGAACCACCAACUGGCGGAUCGUCCGACAGUUCGCAGGUAGAAAUGUCGGCACGCUUGCGACACGGUCCGCAUCAGGGAGUACAUCAGCCAAAGGGUAGCCGAUGGUCGACAACCGAUGUGGACAGUUCGGGUGAAAGCCAUUACCAGAGUUUCGAGCACACGGACAGCAGCAGACCACUUUCCUCGGACAUUGAGCAACAGAUGUUGCCGUACGCGUCGUCCGAGUACGAGACGGCGCAGGAUCAUUCGAUAGUGCCCACCUCGAUCGGGACGGAAUAUCACAGUGCCGUUAGCACACUGCACUCGUACCCGGUUAGCUCGCACGACAGCAUGAAGAGCUUCGACUCGGAAAGCUCCGGCAAUCUGGCUAGCAUCGAGUCGGAAGCCACCGAAACGCUCGUCCCGUCGACAAUGGAUGUGGAUUUCGACUCAUCCGAUGCGGCCCUCAUUCACGACGAUUCGGAAGAUGAUUUGCGCGAUAAAAUGUUGCUGCUGGAUGAUAAGGAAGAACUCUCGUCCAAUGCUAGCAGCGUGCCGAUCGCUAUGAAACGCUCGCACGAGAUGGACUUUGCCGAGCUGAAGAGUGACUCUAUGGCGGAGGAAAGCAUGCACUUUAGUGAGCAGCGAGAAGCGGCUGGUGCCGCCGUCGAGAUGAUGAUGCAGGAUGAAAAGCUGCUCAGCUCGAGCAUCGGUACGGCGCGCGAUUUGGUCGAGGCAAUGCAGGCAACAAGCCUGGAGGAUGUCAAGACCGAACCGGCGGAUGAUGCGAAACUCGGUACAAGCCUGGAAGAUGGUAGCAUUCUCUCGAUCAGCCUGUCCAGUGCGUCCAAUUUGGAAACGAUCAUGGAAAACUUGUCGGAAAAGACGACCGUACCCGGCCCUGUACCGACACACGUGGAGAUUGGGCUGGAUGCCGUAACGCCUACUACGGCUGGCGGUACAACGGGAUACAUCGGAGACAUUACGCUCACGUCGACCGUGCUUAAGGAGGGCGAUGUAAACUUCCUCAACACGCAAGCCACGACCGAGAUCAUAGAGGUGAGCACCGGUGGCGAUUUGUUGGGGCGUGAUGAAAGCGAAGAAACGGUUCGCAAACGUGGCCACAAGCGCACCGAAAGUACGUCCAUCAUUUCCGGCAAGUUUAUGGCGGACAUGGGAGAGGGCAACCGCGACUCGAUCGAAUCGCAGGAUGAAUCACUGUCCCAGGAAGCAUCCAAGCAAGCGUCCAGCUCGGAACGUGACGAGACGCGCGAAGAAUCGUCCGAUUCCGAUUACGAUCGGUACGAGAGUGAGUACUCUCGGUCGUUCCGAGCCCCGGUGGCACAGUCCAAGAAGAAGGACAAGAAACCGGGUGGCGAUGUGUUCGAGAAGGACUUUGAGCUGGAUCGGCGCAACUCCUUCUCACCGUCGCAAUCGGUCAUCGAAACGAUCGUGGAGGAUGUGCACGCGGAGAUCGAGCAAAGUGAUGAGGCACAACAAAUUAUGGCCAGCAAGAGCCAGAUGCUGAAGGAAUACCGUGAAUCAUCCUCACACAACAUUCCGGACAUUCACGUGACGGACGACUUUGCAGAGCCACUGUCACCGAGCAAGGACGAAAUGGAUGUUUACCAGGAAGAAUCGUUUGCCGCAUCGAAACAGGUAACGACGACCGUAUCAUCUGAGACUGUUUCUAAGAGCGAAACGACAGCAGCAACAACGACGAUGACUACGACAGUAGUGUCCUCAGCGUCAUCGUCUUCCGGUGCGCCAAAGCAGACUGGAAUUCAGUACGCCAAACAGGAAGAAUACCAACUGACCGAGGAACAGUACCAGGAGCUGAUCGAGCAGAAGUACAAGGCAAAGCUGGCCGAUACGACCACCAAGUACGGGUACGACGUGGACGAUAAGGACGAUUCAGCCGGAUCGGACUCGUUCGAAAUGUUGGAACAGCCCGACAUAUCGGACGAGUUCGUCAUCGUGGAGGAGGUUGCCCGUGAAGCGCACGAGUUCGACUCCGAGGGCAAAAGCAUGGCCAUCAAGCCCACCAAGAUCGAGAAGAAGCACGACGAGGAUGUGGAGAAGAUACUGGUCAAGUCAGCGCCAGCCCACACAAACGCCGGCUCAAUGUAUGCCGCCAACAUGCGCGACGACAUGAUGUACGAGUUUGAGGAAAGUCCGCCUACGGGUGGGGCCGAAGGUGGGGUCGGUGCCGAUGGUGUUACGAUGGAUCUGCUGAACAAUGGGUAUCCGCUGGAGGAGAGCAAACGGUGGGUAGAGAUGCAGCUGGCGGAAACACAAAACUUCCGCUACCCGUACGAGGACCGGCUGGAGGACAUCAAGGAGGAGGACACCGACUUUGAGGUGGGUAGCAGCCGCAUUGGCUCCAUUAAGGACUCGUUCUCGAGCACACCGGACUACGACAUGCUGGCCAAGCGGAUGGCGUCACGCGAGCAUGACGACAUUUCUAUGAGCAGCUUGCAGGAGUUUGAAAACCUAGAACAUGUGAUUUCGCUCGAGAACCGCAAAAUGCAGCAGGGCUCACAGGACUCGCUGAGCAACGGUAGCUUCACGCGCCGGUUCAUGCAGCGAGGCGUGCACGGGGACGACAUCAGCCUGUCUAGCUUGAAAGAGUUCGAGGGGCUCGAGAAUGCCUGCAUCGAGGCGCACCUGAUCGAGAUCAAGGCGAAGGAGGAGGCCGCACUUCUGCUCUCGCGUUCGGACGAGUCAAACAAAUCGAACGGGUCGAACGGAGCUAAACGCAGUCCACCGUCGAAUGGCAGUGGAGUUCCAGUUCCGAAGAGGCAACAAUCGGGCGAAGGAUCCUCUUCAGCUCAGCAGAUUAUCAGCAGUUCUUCCAUUACCACCACCGUGGUUGGUAGCGCUGGAUCUACCGUUCCUUCAGAACUGAUCUCCACGAAGGUAGAGAAGAAGAUCACCACCGAAUCGGGUCGAGAUGGGGGAUCGGCAGUGUCCACGACCACAACAACCGUCACGACCAUCUCGCACGAAGGUCAGGUGCGUCAGGUGUUUGACGAAGAGGACCUCACCUCCCAUGUGCUGACCGUGUCCAGUGACAGUUUGGAUGGUACGAGAACUGCCCCGAAACAGCUCCCAGCCAGCCGUGACAGACUCCCGUCGGCUCACUCCAGCAGCGACAGUCUCGAAAUGCACAGCAAGAACAAUGUGGACGUGAUGACCAGCAGCAUCGAUUCGAUCGAGUUCUCGAAGACGGGUGUAGCAACUACCAGAUCGUCACAGUCCGAUUCGAUCGAGCAUAUGGCACAGCAGCAGCAGCAACCGUACCGCAGCGACAGUACGGACUCGAUCGAAGCACAGCAGCAGCAACAAAAGCUGCAGCAGCAGGCACACGCGGCACAGGCACAAGGCAUCCAUGGCUUGAGUGAUACGAAGCGGGACUCGCUGGAAUCGCUCACUGCCGCGAGCAGUGACAACCAGAGCGGGUUCAGUAGCCCAACCAAAUCGGUUCACGGUUCUCGUCAGUCGUCUGAGAGUGGUGUUGGAGCUGCCAGUGCUUAUCACCAGCAGCAGCAGCAGCAACACACGGUGCAGACAACCGUGUCCUCACUCCACACGACCACUGUCACCGGUGGACGUACGAUGCAGAAGGACAUAUCGGCCGACUCACUAACCGGGCCGGAUGCGGCAUUCCUGACCAGCACCGAAAGCCUCGAAACCAGCUCAACGGCCACGAACGCCACCUACCAGAAUGAAACCGAUUCCCAGAUGUCGUCCAGCGUUACCAGCUGCGAUUCCAUCACGAUGGUAGUCGACGCGGUAGGUUCGCAGGUGUUGGAUGACUGGGAUAACUUUGCCUCGUCGGCCUCGAUGGCCACCGGGCACCAGGGUACGGGUUCGGGUGGAUUCGCAACCUCCGUAAUGACCGCCUCGAUGAGCGCUUACUCUUCGGCCACCGGUGGUAGCAGCAGUGGUAGCAGUGUCGUAACCAAUGUCAUCCACACAGCUCAGCAACAGCAGCAACAACGAGAAGCGUCCUCGACCUUCUCGUCCUCCACGGUCACAAUGGUGUCCAGCUCUUCGUCGGCGACAUCGGCAAGCUUCCACGUAGCUCAACAGCAGCUGGGGGAAAGUGAACUAUUAAGUAGAGAACUGUUUCCAGGAGAAAUAGCUUUCGAUGAUGUGAAGGAAACAGCUAAGGAACGAAUGCAAAGCAAAUCGACCGAAAAGGAGGAGUAAGGGAAUCGUAAUCAACAACCCACUACACUACAGGACGGCGAUCUAAAGGUGCAAUGCAGUAGUGUGUAUUUUUCCACAAUUUUAACACAUCAUUCUUCAAACCCUACGCUACGAUUCAAAAGCCAAACCUACAGCAAAACACAACAACCUUCUUCUCACAUUCAACCUAUACGUAUAUAAGUUCUCCGACGGUAGCGAAUCAAAUCGAGAGGGCAUGGGUGUGGUGAGGGGAAAUGAAUUUGAAGACCGUUACGCACGGGGUUUUAGUAAAACUUCAUCACUAAAUAAUAACCAACAGAAGAAGCUUAGCUCAGUCAGAUACAUAUUACGUUCAGCUGCAAUGAACUUAAAACUGAAACAUUCUUAAAGCUCCUUUUUAAUGUAAAUUCCACCCGGCGGGGAUUUCUUCUUCGUGUACCAUUCGAUACGGUUUGAGACGCGCCAACAAGGUUAGGGAUAGUGCGAUGAGAUGUGGGUGAGAUGAUUUAUAAAGCAAACAACCCGCUGCAAACAAGCGAGCGAUCGUUAAAUGACCAAAUGUACUGCGGUGUGCGUGUGUAAUGUGAGCUUCAACAGGGCAACUCAUGGCAUCGUGGCCUAGUUUUCAGUUACCUUCGUUCGUGCGCGACACUAGCCUAGGACGUUGGUGUACGUGAGUGCGAUGUAUUCCUUGCUGUCGCCGGCCAGUACGUAGGUGACGUUAAUUCUUAAGCUUCAAGCAUUCUUUACCGCUUAUUCGUGUGUUCGCAUAUUUAAGGUGUGUUCAUGCUUCGUGAUCGCUUUCGAUGGCAGGUGGCAACGUAACGAAAUUAAGUAAGAAAAAGCAAAAACAAAAAACAAAACAAACCAACAGGAGAAAAAGAUUAAAAGACCCCCUUAGAAAUGGCUGUCACCGUGUCAAAGGGUGUAGUUACUGUGCAUGGGCGCCACACUGACGGCCAGACCAGAUAGUAGUUGAAACCCGGGAACGAAAAGGGAGUGCAUUUGAGAUUUCCUUUGUUUCCCUUUUUUUAAAAAACAAAACAAAACAAACCGAACGGAAGAUAUUGCAAAAACCCACUGUUUGCAAACAGUAUGUUAUAGCUAAAAUAUACAAUUACUGAUCAAAUCAAACGUAUAACAAAACGUAUAUAUAU